AUGAAGUUGCGCGCCCCGCCCGCACCCACGACUACGACCACCACCACUGCCAGCAGCGACACCCCCACGACCACCACGGUCCUCCCCGUGUCCUCGCCCAGCAGCAACAGGAAGCGCCAGCGCGAAGAUGAAACCUCGGACGCCGCCGCAGAGGCCCAGUCGUCGAGCGGCGCGCUGGAGACACCAGUGACGAAGCGCAAGCGCGGCAGGCCGACAAAGGCGGAGACGGAGGCGCGCCGCGCCGCAGAGGCCCGCGGAGAGAUCCUCCCGAAGCCGAAGCCGUAUGUACCGAAGACGGCGAGCCCGCUGGUGGUGGGCCCCGACGGACAGGUCAAGAGGCGCAGAGGGAGGCCGACAAAGGCGGAGGCGGAGAUGAGGAAGGCGCAUGAGAGGGAAUGGAAGAGGAAGCAGUUGGCACAGGGGGAGGAGGGUGAGAAGGAGGAAAGCAAGGCGGGGGAGAAGGUGAAGGCGGAGGAGAAGGAGAGUGAGCAGCAGGAGGAGGAGGAAGAGGAGGAAGAGGAGGAAGAAGAGGAGGAGGAAGAGUAG